UCAAAACAGAAUUCCCUCCCUCCUUCUCUCUCUCAUUUGCUCUCACCACUGAGACCUGUGAUUUUAAAAAAUAAGGUGAAAAAGAAAGAGAUCGGCACAAAGGAAUUUCACCCUUGUUUUUUCUUUUCUUCAUUCUCAGGUUAUCGAUGUUGGGUGCAAUCUAGUGAAAUGAUGGAAAAUCGAAGGAAAGAGGGGUAUUUUCUUUCUGGGUAUUGAUCUAUCUCUUAAGAUCCCCGAUUCUGUUUUUUUUUUUUUCACGUCAAGAAGAGUUUCCAAUUUUGCAUCGAAUUUAAGUGUUGGUUUGAGGGAAAAGAAAUAACAUGGUGAGGGAGGAAAGAGUAGAGUCGUUUUACGCAAGGCUUAGAGAAUCGGCUAGGGCAUCAUCUUUCUCUCCUUUACUCAUAUUCCCUUCAACCUCUGAUGUGGACUCUCUUUGUACUCUCAAAAUCAUUUUCCACAUUCUUGAAUCUGAUUCAGUCCGGUACUCGUGUUAUCCGGUGUCUUCAUUUCAACAAAUCCGUGAAUACGUUGGUUCUGAUUUGAGUUCUUCCUCUGAGCCUGUUACCAUACUUUUGAUAAACUGGGGAUGCCACCGUGACCUCCAAAAGGAUCUUAAAUUAGGACGUGGCGUGCGGGUUUUUGUUGUUGAUAGUCAUAGGCCGAUUCACUUGCAUAACUUGAGUGAACAGAAUGAUCAGGUGGUUGUUAUUUAUACAAAUGACGAUGAGCGGUUGGCUGAUCUGGCGUAUGAUUUUGAGGUCAUGGAGUUGGCUAAUGCCAGCUAUUGUUUACAUAAUUCGGAGUUGGAUAGUGAAGAAGAUGAAUAUAGUGAAAGUGAAGAUGAGGAUGAAGCCAAUGGUGAUGAGGAGGAAGGUGGAAGUCGGGAUGGGUCUAGCAAAAGAAGAAGAAUGUCUUCAGAAGGUGAAGAAGAGCCCGCGGCGCGGCGUUUUAAGAAGUUCAGAAGGGAUUAUUAUCGGAUGGGAACUUUUCAUGGUAAGCCAUCAGGGUGUUUGAUGUAUGACUUGUCACAUUCUUUGAGGAAAAACACAAAUGAGUUGCUUUGGCUGGCCUGUGUUUCGCUUGCUGAUCAGUUUGUUCACGAGAGGCUGACAGAUGAGAGGUAUGAAGCUGGGGUCAUGGAGCUUCAGCAGCAUAUCAACAGUUUAGGGAAUUUGGAUGUAGUUACUUCAGUGACUCUUAAAGAUGGAACCAAGGUUCGAGCACCUGAUUCCUCAAGAAUUGCCUAUGAAGAAGAACCAAGACUUAUGCUGUUAAGAGAAUGGAACUUGUUUGAUUCAAUGCUGUGUUCCUCGUACAUUGCCCCUAAGCUGAAGACAUGGAGCGAUAAUGGUAUGAAAAAGCUUAAGCUUCUUCUUGCAAGGAUGGGGUUUGCGCUGGUGGAUUGCCAGCAGAAGUUUCAGUACAUGAAUUAUGAGGUGAAACAGAAGAUGAAAGAUCAAUUCGAACUAAUUUUGCCUGAAUAUGGACUCAAUGAUUUUUACUACAAAAGUUUCUUGCGUCAUCAUGGUUAUACUUCAAGGGUUUCAGCUGCAGACAUGGUAUAUGGAGUCACUGCACUGCUUGAAUCAUUUGUGCAAUCUGAUGGCUUUUGUGCUUUGAAGCAAUUCGGGAUGGCAUACGAUGCAUUGUCCUUAAGUAAUCUUGAUAAGCUGACGGCUGGAAUGGAACAAGCAAUCAAGAUACAAAGGGCUAUUCUCAGACAAGGAAGUGCUGCAAUAACAAAGAGUGGGUGCAUCAGGAGUGGAAGAAAGUUUAGGUGGGUGAAGGUUGAAGAUUCAGUGGACGCAAAGCUGUUGGGUCACCCGCAGGCUCUGACCAAGUUCUGCUACUUUCUAAUGGAUGCCUUGAAGGAGAAAGGAGCUAGGUUGAAGCCUUUGCUUUGUGCCUGCACGUCAGAAGAGGCAGCUAAGGUGUUGAUUGUUGGGGUGUGUGGAAAGCCUCGCCUUGGAGCACUUCAAGGGAAUGCAUUUGGUCUUGCAUUCAGGAAUGCUGCCGAGGAAACUGGAGCUGAAUACUUCCAUGAGCUUUUUGAAUCUUCAUGGAUUGGGUUGAAUGCAGGUGCUGUCAAUUCCUUCAUGGUUAGAUUAACUGAGAAGCUUUGAUGUCAAUCUUUCAAUGUGUGGUGAACCGAAAACUUUGCAUGUUCUCAAUAGAAAAACAUUUGCUCCUUGCUCCAAGUGACUAAAAUUUUUAGCUAAAAUGCAAAUCGAUUAUUUUCCUCAA